GUCAUUUGGGAACUAGAUCUUCAGACCGCUAACAUGAAUCGGAUAUUUUUGGCUUCUACAAUGACACUGUUGCUUGCAAAUAGCGGUCCUUGUUUGUGCAGCGGCGUGCCCUCCUUCAUCCCUCAGCCGUUUACCGUGUGCGCUCAGAGCCGCGGGAAAGACGCUCUUUAUCGUGGAGCCAUCGACGUUACGGAGUCCGGAGCGCGGUGCAUUAACUGGACCGAGGUGGUCGGCUUUACGGACCGAUAUCCAGAGACGGGCUUAGGACAACACAACUAUUGCCGUAACCCAGAUGGCAGGAUCCGUCCAUGGUGCUUUUUCAGGAACCAUAAAGGCAGAGUGGACUGGGGAUACUGCGACUGUAAACAAGGCUCUGUGCGUCUGCAGGGAGGCUCUAAACUGGACGGCCGAGUGGAGGUGUAUAUUUCUGGCGUGUGGGGUUCCAUAUGCAGUGAUGACUGGGGGCAAGAAGAUGCUUCUGUGGUUUGCAGGCAGCUGGGGAAAGGGUUUUUAGGUGUUGCACGUGAAGUUCCUCUGCCCCGUCCCAGCUUGGCCAAAAUCCAUUACAGAUCAGUCCACUGCCAUGGAGAGGAGCAAGAUCUUCUUCAGUGUCCUCGGACUCAGUGGAACGGAGGAGAGUGCACAAUGGCUGCAGGGGUUACAUGCACGCAACAGAAAGAACAAGUCACACUUCCUGUUCGGUUGGUUGGAGGCCAUUCGUUGUCAGAAGGCACAGUGGAAGUUUUUCAUGCUGGUCAGUGGGGGUCCAUCUGUGACGACCAAUGGGAUGACAGCGACGCAGAGGUGGUGUGCAGACAACUUGGGCUGAGUGGGGUGGCCAGAGCGUGGGGCCAGGCACGUUUUGGGAAAGGUUCAGGCCCUGUGUGGCUGGAUGAGGUUCAGUGCACUGGUAAUGAGCUGACUCUGGAUCAGUGUCCAAAAAGCACAUGGGGAGAACAUAACUGUGUGCACUUAGAAGAUGCUGGUGUCUCCUGUACAACCCUCACAGAUGGCACUGUUCGCUUGGCUGGUGGUGCUGGGAGUUAUGAGGGGCGAUUGGAAGUCUUCUACCGUGGCCAGUGGGGAACAGUGUGCGAUGACGGGUGGACAGACUCUAACACACAAGUAGUAUGUCGACAGCUUGGUUACAGAUUUGGAGUGACAGUCAUCUCUCAAGGGCUGGACACAAAUACUAUCCCACGUUUUGGGACAGGGUCAGGUCCCAUUCUACUAGAUGAUGUGAGCUGCACUGGGAAAGAGCCCAGUCUAACACUAUGUAACAAGCAGGAGUGGCUACGUCAUGACUGCACGCACCAUGAAGACGUCAGCAUCGCCUGCAACCCAGAACGUCAUGGAGAAAACUUUCCAUCAAGAAUGCCACUCAGGCUGGUGGGGGGAGAGAGCCCAGGGGAGGGCCGGGUGGAGGUGUACCUGUCCGGCCAGUGGGGAACAGUUUGUGAUGACGGAUGGAGUGAUCAGGAUGCCGAAGUUGUGUGUCGUCAGUUGGGCUUCAGCGGAGUUGCCAAAGCGCGUGUUAUGGCAUACUUUGGGGAAGGGACUGGCCCCAUCCACGUCGACAAUGUGAAAUGCAGCGGAGAGGAGCGCUCGCUUGCAGACUGCAUCAAACAGACCCCAGGCACGCAUAACUGUCGCCAUAGCGAAGAUGCAGGGGUCAUUUGCAACUACAGGACCCCGCAGCAGGCCUAUAAAGAGGUCAAAGAUCCUGUCAGCUCAAUUUGCGGUCUGAAACUCAUACAUACACGCCAACGCAGGAUAAUCGGAGGAGAGAACUCUUUGAGGGGUGGAUGGCCGUGGCAGGCGGCGAUUCGUUUGCGCGGAUCUCGUGGCGACGGGCGCUUGGUUUGUGGAGCGACUCUAAUUCAUACGUGCUGGGUUCUCACGUCUGCUCACUGCUUCAAACGGUAUGGAAACAGCACAAAGGAGUACAAAGUGCGUGUUGGAGAUUAUCACUCUCUUGUCCCUGAGGAGUAUGAGGAAGAGUAUGGUGUAGAUCAGAUAGUUCUUCAUCCCAACUACCACAGCUCCAGCAAUGACUAUGACAUAGCCCUGGUCCAGCUGUCGCCCGGGGCAAUGGGCCACAAUCCGGGCGAGUGCGUUUCAUUUAACCGCCACGUCCUCCCGGCGUGUUUGCCACACAGGAAGGAGCGGGUGCUCAAACAGGCCUCCAACUGUCACAUCACCGGCUGGGGAGACACAGGGCGCUCAUACUCCAAGACUCUGCAGCAGGCCUCUUUGGAGCUGCUCCCUCGUAGACACUGCCAGCUCCACUUCCACAGCGCCUUCACCAGCCGCAUGCUCUGUGCAGGGAGCCUCCACACAGACAGGCGCGUGGACAGUUGCCGUGGAGACAGCGGGGGCCCCUUGGUGUGCGAGCGGCCGGGUGGGGGAUGGGUGGUUUACGGGGUCACGUCCUGGGGCCUCGCUUGCAGGACUCAGCAGUCGCCGGGCGUCUACACCAAAGUGUCUGCCUUCAGCUCCUGGAUACGCAAGACCAUUGGGCAGUCUGACAGGAGAAGGUAA